AACUCAUUAUUGACUGUUUGUCGAAAAUAUUUUAGUUGUAUGUGGAUUGUGGGUAAAAAUAAUACAUUUUUGUAAGCAAAUAGAUGCAAAGUACAUGUAAAAAGUGAAUUAAACAUUGUCAAUACUUAUUAGAAUUUUUCUACAUGUUGAUGUUUUUUACAAGUGUUGAUAAUUGUGCAUCCAUAUGAAUCACAAUUUGUUUAAUUAUUCUAUGAAAGUGACUUUCUGUAAUGGACAUGUUUGUCGGGUGAAGAAAGUUAUAAGCACGUAAUUGAAAGAGUAAAAAUGUGCACACAACCGAUUAGUGCGUUUUUUGGCCAGUGGAGGCUAUGGAUACGACCUUUCUUUAUAGCUACGUAUAUCCUAUUGGUAAUUGUAUUAGUGCCAACGCUCAUUGUACAUGCCAUAGAAAAUGGUUUUACAAAAUCAGAUCAAGGAACCCUUGUUGCUGGUGGGUUUGUUCUCCUUGCUAUGCCAAUAUCAAUUUGGCAGAUUACACAACAUAUAGUCCAUUAUACUAAACCUUCCCUUCAAAAACACAUUAUAAGAAUCUUAUGGAUGGUACCAAUUUAUGCCUUAAAUGCAUGGCUUGGAUUGGAAUUUCCAGAGCAGUCCAUUUAUAUGGACUCUUUGAGAGAAUGUUAUGAAGCCUAUGUAAUUUACAAUUUUAUGAAAUACCUUUUGAAUUACCUAAAUGAUGGUAAUGACCUUGAAGCUUCAUUAGAAUUAAAACCACAAGUCUACCAUAUAUUCCCAUUGUGUUGUUUGGCCCCAUGGGAAAUGGGAAGUGAAUUCAUUCAUAAUUGUAAGCAUGGUAUCCUACAAUAUACACUUGUAAGGCCACUAACAACGGUUAUCUCAAUGAUAUGUGAGCUAUGUGGUGUUUAUGGUGAGAGUGACUUCAGUCCAAAUGUAGCAUUUCCCUACAUGAUAGCUAUUAAUAAUUUUUCACAAUUUGUGGCUAUGUACUGCUUAGUACUCUUCUAUCGAGCCAAUAGGACUGAACUGAAACCAAUGAAACCCAUCGGAAAAUUCCUAUGUAUCAAGGCUGUUGUGUUUUUCUCGUUCUUCCAAGGUGUAAUCAUCAAUAUUUUGGUAUACUGUGGAGUGAUAUCAACAAUAUUUGAUAUUUCUGAUAAAGACAAGAUAAAGAUUAUAUCUUCUAAAUUACAGGACUUCCUUAUAUGUAUAGAAAUGUUCUUGGCAGCGAUUGCACAUCAUUACAGCUUCUCAUACAAGCCAUAUAUAUCCCCACUGGACCCGUCGCCAUCUUGUCUCGGUUCGUUCCUGGCUAUGUGGGAUGUGUCAGAUGUAAAGAGAGAUAUAUCUGAGCAUCUUGGUGUAGUAGGAAGCUCAUUUAGUAGGAGAUUACGAGGUAAAACGCAAUAUCACAUGACAAGAGGUUAUGACGAAAGUUCCAGACUGGUUCACGAACAGGAUGCAUCGAGUUCUGCACCUGAUUUGACAGUGGAAGCGACCGAACCGCCUUCAGUGGAAGUUAGACCAUCAGUAUAUGGCUCACUCGAAAAUACAAUAGCCACUGGCUCAUUGAAUUCAGAAACUGACCCUUUAAUCGAUAUAUCUGACGAAAACAAGACGCCUGACCCAAAGGUUUAAUACUAUAAUGCAUGAAAUGCUUGGUAUAUUAUGUUAUGGAUCACAAUAUUUAUUUGAUUUGAUACUGAUUUUCAUAUAUUAUAACUGAAGUGAUAAUAGUCUUAUCUCGCUAGAUUAAGUAUUAUUAAUAUUGCAUUCCAAAUUUAUAGAAUAAUAAUUAUUUACACUUUCUCAAUACACUUGUACUUAACCAAAGUAUUAUGUGUGCUGUUUACUUUGAAAUGAUUAUAUCGAGUGCAAUUUUAGGCUAUAAUAUACUAUACCAAUGUACAUAGGAAACAUAAUCAUAAUAUAACCCAGUUGCUAAAAUAACAGUUAUGGUUUAAUUAGAAGAACAAAUGUACUUUAUUGUUUGAUUGAUUCGUUUUUAAAAUAAAGCAUUUAAUCAAAUCUGAAAUGAACUAAGUAAAUGAUUUUGGUGAAGAAUUCAAUGUACGGUCUAAGUACAAAAUAUCUAAAUCUUUAAUUUUAUAUUCAUAAUUGUUAUUUCUACUACCUAGAUAUGAUUCUCAUAUUUUGUGUUGUCUGUAUCGUAAGUUUUAGAAUAAUUUCGUUUUCGAGUAUUUUUCUUGCCAUCAAGUGUCAAGUUUAAUGUACUUGUAUGCAUAAUGGGCGGAUGAAAGAAAAAAACACUAUGGUGAUUAAUCUGGAAUGUGAUAUUUUGUUAAAGGGUGUAAUUGCAUUGCAUUGUUGUAUGAAAUAAAAAGUUUUUCUAAGUUA